UCGCCCGUCGCUUCGUCCGGGGCGCGGGGAGCGGGAGGAGCCGCCCGGGCGCGUCCAGCCACCGGUGCCCGUUCACGGCGCUUCGCUGGAGGUGGGGGCGGUGCGCUCCGGCAUCCGGCGGGCGGGGCCGGGCAGCUCUUCAUCACCCGCGGCGGCGGCAGCGGCGGUGGCAGUCGCGGUGCGAGCGGAGCCGAGCGGUGCUGAACUGAACUGACCUGACCUGACCGGGACCGCACCGGAUCCAGCCGAGCCGAGCCGCCGUCCCUUCUCUUGCAGGGGUUUUGAGCAGCUGAGCACCACCCACGCGAGAAGAUGCUUAGGAGAAAAAUGACCAGUAUUGGGAAGAAGCUGAUCCGCCGGCGCAUGGUGGAUCUGAGCUCUGAGGACACACGUUUUGCUCGCUGCCUCUCCACACUGGACCUCAUAGCUCUGGGGGUGGGCAGCACGCUUGGGGCCGGUGUGUACGUGCUGGCUGGGGAGGUGGCCAAGGAGACAGCUGGUCCCUCCAUUGUCCUCUGCUUCCUGGUGGCUGCUCUCUCAUCGGUACUGGCUGGACUCUGCUAUGCAGAGUUUGGAGCCCGCGUUCCCAAGACCGGCUCUGCCUACCUCUACAGCUAUGUCACUGUUGGUGAAAUCUGGGCUUUCACAACCGGCUGGAACCUCAUCCUCUCCUAUGUGAUAGGUACGGCCAGCGUGGCUCGAGCCUGGAGUGCGGCAUUUGACAACAUCAUUGGCAACCACAUCUCUACCUUCUUCAUGAACAAGACCACACUGCACCUUCCAGGGCUGCUGGCUGAGCGCCUGGACUUCUUUGCCCUGAUCCUGAUUGUGUUGCUCACUGCACUGCUGGCCUUUGGCGUCAGUGAAUCUGCCCUUGUGAACAAAAUUUUCACGGCGGUGAACCUGGUGGUGCUGGGCUUUGUCAUCAUUGCUGGCUUUGUGAAGGGAGACGUCAGAAACUGGCAGCUUUCAGAAGAGGACUACAGCAACCUCUCGUACUUGGAGCCGACAAAUGAUACUAUGAAAAAGGCCUUUGGCUCUGGUGGCUUUGUCCCCUUUGGACUGGAAGGGAUCCUGACUGGCGCUGCCACUUGUUUCUAUGCCUUCGUGGGCUUUGACUGCAUUGCCACCACAGGGGAGGAAGCCAGGAACCCACAGCGCUCGAUCCCCAUUGGCAUCAUUGUGUCCCUCCUCAUCUGCUUUGUGGCUUAUUUCGGGGUCUCCGCGGCCCUGACGCUCAUGGUGCCCUACUUCCUCCUGAACAAGGAGAGCCCCCUGCCUGAGGCUUUCAAGGUGGUGGGCUGGGAGCCUGCGCGCUACGCCGUUGCCGUCGGCUCACUCUGUGCCCUUUCCACCAGCUUGCUGGGCUCCAUGUUCCCCAUGCCCCGUGUGAUCUAUGCGAUGGCAGAGGACGGGCUGCUUUUCAAGUUCCUCUCCAACAUCAACAGCCGCACGAAGACCCCUCUGUUAGCCACCAUCACCUCUGGGCUUCUUGCAGCGAUGAUGGCCUUCCUGUUUGACCUGAAGGACCUGGUGGACCUCAUGUCGGUUGGCACGCUGCUGGCCUACUCCCUGGUGGCAGUGUGUGUGCUCAUCCUCCGGUACCAGUCUGGGCAGUUGAACUCUCCAAAGGCCAUGGAACUGCUGGAGCUGAAUGGGAAUGAGGAGGAGAGGGUGAUCAUGAACCCAACUGUCACCACCACCAAUGCCCAGCAGAAAGAGACGCUGUCCCUGGUGACACUCUUCAACCCACCCACAGACACCCCCACUGCACUCUCAGGGCGCAUUGUCUACGUUUGUGUCUCAGUCAUUGCCACACUGAUCAUGGUCAUCUGCGUGGUCCUGACCCUCAAGGUGUCUGCAUUGAAGAGCGGCAGCGUGGGCUGCAUUGUGGCCCUGGUGCUGCUCAUCGUGGCUCUGCUCAUUCCCACCAUCAUCGUUUGGAGGCAGCCGCAGAGCAACGCGCAGUUGAACUUCAAAGUACCUUUCCUCCCGCUCCUGCCAAUCUUCAGCAUCUUCAUUAACAUCCUGUUGAUGGUACAGCUGAGUGCCGGCACCUGGGUGCGGUUUGCCAUCUGGAUGGCCCUCGGUUUUAUGAUUUACUUCGGCUACGGGAUUCGGAACAGUGUGGAAGGGAAAAAUGCAGAGUAACCCUGUGCCACAGUAGAAAAGCCUCUGCACCACCCUGGACUGGACCUCAGCCCUGGGGCUGCUGCGGUCUGAGGGAUCAGGCACCAGCACUCCAUGGACCUCUGCCAGUGUUCCCGGUCAGGAACUACAUGAUACAGUCAUGAUCUACAUGGUAUAUCCAUUCCCUCUCCCAUGGGGAGUGAGCUCCAGAGUCAGGACUGCGGAGCCAGGUUGUGCGCUGCCCUUUACCUUCACAGACCAGAGGUCACAAGAUGAGUCCCCGGGCCACGUGGGAGCAUUUGUGGCACGGGGCUGGUCUCUGCCAUCCCCUCAGCCCCAUCGACUGGUAUGGCCCUCCUGCUAUGGAAGCUGCUGUUGGAAAUGCUGCUUUCCCUGCGCACAACAGGCCCCAUGUGAUGAUGCAGCUGUAUUCAUUCCAUUUGUCCUUGUCAUGUGGCUGUGGUCACACCUCCUCUCCAUGCUUUCCAAGCACGGGGUGCGUACAUGACAGCCACGGCUGGAGCUGUGUGACAAAGCUGGGAGCAUCUUGUUCUCGUGCUGCCAACAGUCCGGUACUCCGCAGCAGCACGGGGCUCAGCUGGCCAAAACCCCCUGUGCUGGGAUCUGCAUCCCACACUGAGCCCCGUACUGCCCUGGCCAUGCUGCUUGGUGUGAGCUUCCAGCUCGGGUGUCUGUGAAGAUGUCCAUAGUGUAGCUGUACCAGUGUCCAACCUCGUGUAUCUUUGUAUAAUUGGUGGUUUAAUGUCAACUUUUAUACCUAUUAAAAUAAAUAUUUUUUAAGUGUC